AUGUCUGAAAACUCAACAGCCUCACAUGCUGCGGCAAUGGCAGCCUUCAAGAGUCUAGCCAAUAAUAAUACUAGUAGUAGUUCUAUCCCUAGUUCAUAUAAGAUACCCACAUCCGCCGAAAGUGCUAAGAUACGUUCGCCAACUCCGCUCAACUCGAAUGCUGCAGUUCCACAGAAUCGCCCAAAAAGAGCUGCCACUUCUGUCGGAGUAAAAUCUACAACUAAACCUAUGGCUAAAUCAAUUGCUACACCAAUAUCUGUAAAACCAUCUAAAGCAAAUGGAUUCGUCUCCGGAGUUAACAAGCAACGUGCUCCACUACCACUUGCUAGAGCAGACUCCUCACUUAAGUCUUCCAGGCGAUAUCCGCAACUGAAAGGUCUACAAGCAUCGCUGUCUCUGAGUACUAUGCCCAAGGAUAUGAUCAACAGUGUAAAACAAUCUAUAGAAUCUAAAUCAGUAGGAAAAGAUCCGAGCCAAAAACGAAUUUCGUCUUUAUACGAGCCCCAAGAGAUGUUGAAGAACUUGCGUAGCUCCAUUUCUGCCAAAACUGUCUCAGGAACAAGUGUGAGACCCAUGAUAUCUGAGAAGAACCAGGCAAUGAUCAAUGGAAUCAGGGACAGAAUAGACCUGAAACGCAUAGUCACCGAUGUUUCCAAGACUUCACUGCUUUCAUCGGAAGAUGUAUCUCACCUACAAGGGCACGAUCUCGCCAACACACACACAUACCAACCUUUAAAUAACAAUGAUUCGUUCUCAUCCUUUGGUUCUUCCUUUCUGGAAGUUGAGCCUUCAAGUCUUUCCAAAGCCAACGGCGAAGAAGAUGAAGAGUCGAUAAUAGACAAUGCUAGUGCAACUGUUCAGGAGCACCCUCCUGUGAAUGAGGAAGUAGCAAAGAACAUGAAUAUGGACAAAACUCCCAAAGCAAAACCGAAAAGAAGACCGCCUCCUGAUCUUGUGAGUGGUCCAAGGGAAGAAACUCUGAUUCCGAUGUUCCAUGACAAAUCUGUUGAAUCUCUUCCAGAUGGAUACUCUUCCACUGAUGCCGAUAUCACGUUGGAAAAUGAUCGAAACUCGUCUCAAUCCAAGUUUCCUCAAUUCCCUGACAUAAAAAAACAUAAAAAAACUGAGAAAAAGGGAAAUUUUCUUAAGAAAUAUUCUCGACCAUUAAAAUGUGUGGAUAACGAAGUUAACCUUCUUGAUCUGGACGAAGCUGAGGAAGAAGACGAGACUGACAGUUCAUAUGGAAAGAGAGCCCCGCAGAUCUUGACUCCUCCUACACAACAGGUGCGAUUGAAGUCGACAAUGAGAAAAACUAACAGAAGGAAAGAGAAAAAGUAUAUGUUCAACGAAAACAAACCGUGGAAAAAUCACAACGAAUUGUCUAGUAUCUCAGAACAAGAAAGAAAACGGUACGAAGGUCUCUGGGCCAGUAACAAAGGCAACUAUAUGAACUCAGUAGUCACCAGGUUAGUAGGUGUGGACUAUGACCUGGGUAAAUCUGAACCAGAAGUGGAAGAAGAAGAGGAUUCAAGAAAAGCAGCUCGUCUCUCUUCCAAAGCUGGAACUUUUGAUUCUGGCAAAAUGAGUGAUCAAGAAAACUUUCAUGGUUUACUUUCUGUUGAAGUCGACCAGCUUAUACAUGGAGUCGUUGUUAGAAGAAUAUGGAAGAGAAGUAGAUUGCCACGAGAAACACUAGAAGCGAUCUGGAACUUGGUUGACUUUAGAAAAGAUGGUACGCUUAACAAACCUGAAUUUGUAGUUGGUAUGUGGCUUGUUGAUCAAUGUUUGUAUGGGCGGAAGUUGCCGAAGAAGGUAGAGAACGAGGUAUGGGAUAGUUUGGGAAGCAUUGGGUUGAAUGUAGUAGUACGCAAGAAAGGAAAACGAUAG